CACUAAAGGUGAGUCUGAAAUCGAUGAAGACACCGCACUUUGAUGAUUUAAUUAAUUACCGUUAAGAACGAUUACCGUUAGGUAAGGGAAGGAGUCAUGAGCAGUGGCAAUCAAGCAAUGAUGAAGUCCAUUUCUGUGAUCAGCAAGGUUCUGUCCACUUACUGUCCACCAAGUCUCCGACACUCAAGACGCUGGCGUCAACACAUCCAGCGGAGCAAUACAUUUGUUCCCCCGAGUGAGUCCGCCAACAGGGAGAGGGAGAAAAAAUGGGGUAAGGGAAGUAACCACAUCGACCUUAAGCCACAUUUGCCAGCGAGCACGGGGACCGCUCAAGGGAAAUAACCCUGACGUAUCAUCAGGCGGCGUAACUCCCCAUGCUGAGAGUUUAUCAGGGUGGAAGGCGCUUGAGUGCGGCGAUUGGGCUGACAGUUUGUAUUUAGCCAUGACACGCCUGUCAGGAUUAGCCUCUGGCCGGCCGCAUGGCUUCCUGAUGGACGUGUUAGUCGUGCUAAGUGUUGUCGCCGUCGCUGCUGCAGCAGACGCGCUUAAAAACGGGCUGAGGGCGCAGGCGUUCCGCGGUUUGGCCACCGUGCAGGAGAUCGUCUGCAGCGCCGUGACCCUUGACCCCGGAGAGGACUUGUCCACCAUGGCGCUGUACACCGUGCUGGACAGGCACGUGCUGGCUACCGUCAUUCCCUGGAAGCACGAGUGCACCACGUCAUCAAGCUUCGCCGCUUGCGUCAUCGUCAAGGGGGACUCCCACAAGACCACCCUGCACACCCUGGUGCUGGACUUGCACGAGGAGGAGUCUCGACUCUACGGGUGCAACGUGACGGCGGUCAGGACCCCGUGCGGAGACGAGCGCCGUCUCGUGGACACUACUAGUCAAAGGAAGGAGUAAGUACUGGCGCUUUAAAUACAUUUGUUCCCCCCUAUCGUAUUAAAAAAAAUAAUGUUCCGGUUAGAGUUCGUUUUAUCAGCCGUUGUCGUUAUCUACAA